CCGACGUACGUCACCCGGCCAACAGCAGCCUAGAUGGUCUCAGUAAUAAAAAUGCAUAAAGAGAAUUGAGGGAAAGAAGAGACAGACUGCAAACCACUUUUGUCCAUCUUGCAAUCAUCAGAAAACCUGGACUGUAUUGUCAGUGUUCACGUAUUUUUAAGGACAUGCGGAUGGUGCUUACUGAAAUCUACCGAAGCCCACCUGGAAAGGGUGAAUGGCUUUCUUGGUUUUCUAACCACUAGAGAUAACUGUAUUCCAGCCUAGCGGAUUGGAGUGAAAGUCCGCCAUAUUCUGCCUUACCACGCCCGGGAGUCGAGCUAUUGGGAAAAAAGCGUAUUAGUCUGUUUAUGUAUUAUAUAUUUGAGUUCGCCAACGGAUGAUACAUCGGAUAUUAUAUAACCUUAACUACCAAUCGAGACUAAGAUCAUCUUGUAAAGAAGGUAGGGCGUCUGACCGAGCAAAUAAGGUCUAAUAAGACCACACUGAAGACUUCGGAGGUUAUGUCUUAAAAUGAUCUGUUGAUAUUACGAAGGAGAAGCUGAUUAUCUCAAUCAGGAUUUUUUAUACAGCUUUUCAGUAAACUCCGGCUUGAGCGACUAUUUGCUGACAGACUACCAUAACGGGGGGGAGGGGGUAAUAAUUUCUCCAAUACAGUUUCCUUUCCCCCCAUUUAGCCAACUACAACGCCUCUAUUUUGCGUGCCUCUGAAUGAGGGCGUGAUUUCAUAAUUCUUAUUCCUUCACCAUUUGUUGAAACUGGAAUAUUGGACUAAAUAGAAACCCAAAACGUGUUUUAAAAGAAUGACCCUGGAGUCCAUAAUGGCGUGUUGCCUCAGUGAAGAGGCGAAGGAAGCCAGACGGAUCAACGACGAAAUCGAAAGGCAGCUCCGCCGGGAUAAGAGGGACGCUCGCCGGGAACUGAAGCUGUUACUUCUCGGUACGGGGGAGAGUGGGAAGAGCACCUUCAUCAAGCAGAUGAGGAUCAUCCACGGAUCGGGCUACACGGACGAGGACAAGAGAGGCUUCACCAAGCUGGUCUACCAGAACAUCUUCACAGCCAUGCAGGCCAUGAUCAGAGCCAUGGAGACCCUCUACAUCCCCUACAAAUACGAGCACAACAAGGCGAACGCCAGCAUAGUGCGGGAUGUGGACGUAGAGAAGAUCAGCAUGUUUGAGAACCCGUACACAGACGCCAUCAAGAGCCUGUGGAACGACCCGGGAGUCCAGGAGGCGUACGACCGCAGGAGAGAGUACCAGCUGUCCGACUCCACCAAAUAUUACCUGAAUGCUCUGGACCGCAUCGCGCUGCCCUCCUACCUGCCCACCCAGCAGGAUGUCCUCAGGGUCCGAGUGCCCACCACCGGCAUCAUCGAGUACCCCUUCGACCUGCAGAGUGUCAUCUUCAGGAUGGUGGACGUGGGGGGUCAGAGGUCGGAGAGGAGGAAGUGGAUCCACUGCUUCGAGAACGUCACCUCCAUCAUGUUCCUGGUGGCCCUCAGCGAGUACGACCAGGUCUUGGUGGAGUCUGACAACGAGAACCGGAUGGAGGAGAGCAAGGCCCUGUUCAGGACCAUAAUCACCUACCCCUGGUUCCAGAACUCGUCUGUGAUCCUGUUCCUCAACAAGAAGGACCUCCUGGAGGAGAAGAUCAUGUACUCCCACCUGGUGGAUUUUCCUGAGUACGACGGCCCCCAGCGAGACGCCCAAGCUGGCAGGGAGUUCAUCCUGAAGAUGUUCGUGGACCUGAACCCAGACAGCGACAAGAUCAUCUACUCCCACUUCACCUGCGCCACGGACACCGAGAACAUCCGCUUCGUGUUCGCCGCCGUCAAGGACACCAUCCUGCAGCUCAACCUGAAAGAGUACAACCUGGUCUGAGGAGGAGAGGAGGGGGUACAACCUGGUCUGAGGAGGAGAGGAGGGGGUACAACCUGGUCUGAG